GUAUUUUAAACAAACACUCUGCACUGGAAGGAUUUCAUUUGCCCCUGGAUGUUAUGGAUUUGCUAUUUCUGCAGACUUGAACAUGUAGUUUGUGUGGGAACGGCAUCGACGACAUAGUUGUGGAUUUUUUAAACACGAAUUCUGACUGAGAACAAUUAAUUUAGGAAGUUUCUUUAUUUCAAUGACUCUGGGCGUUCUUUCGCGCGACUGUGGACAAUGAUUCAAGUUCUCCGCGGAUUUCAAAUCAAGAGUGAAACUGACGGAUAGGCGUCGGGAUUUGAAGUAGUCGUCCCUCUCUUAAAACAUCCCUCAGGGAUUCUCGCCUCUCUCCGAAGACCUGUUUCCCAUCAUCCAUCAGCGAGCACAAAGACCGGGCGCAUACUGGAACUGAAAACACUAGUUUUCUCCUGAAGCCUUGUACAACAGAUCUCACCACUCAGGAUGCAAACCGUUCCAACGGUCAGCGGUCUCUGUAAACGCAUCUAAUCGCAAACAAAUUCACACGAGCGUGACAGGCGUGGAAGCACCCACAUUAGGCUGCUGCAAAUUAAGAUACUUGAGAAAGACAGAGGUGGUUUACAGCAGUCAUGGCAGCCAUAGCAACUGUCCCUAACUACACCCCAUCGAUAUGGGUACGGUUAUGCCAUGCCAUUCCUCGCCUGGACUUGACCCUGCAGACCCGAGACAGCGUGUUCACUCCAAACAGCUGGGAGUAUCAGCAGACUCUUCUGGUCCUCUCCAGCUUCUCCGCCAUUGCUCUCGUCCUCUCGUUACUUGUAGUUCUCUCCUUCCUCAUCCACUACUGCUGCUGCCAUUGUGGUGAGGGAAGCCGGGAUGCAGAGGAAGAGGAGGAAGACGAUGAUGCCAGCGGCAGAAAGGGGCGGGGCAUCUGCUGUGUCACAUGGGUAUCGGUUGCAGCUGUCACAUUGUGUUGUGUUGCCAUAGGCAUCGGUUUCUACGGCAACAGUGAGGCGAACGAUGGGAUGUAUCAGUUGACCUCAUCCUUGCUCACUGCCAAUUACACACUGGCUUCCAUCGAUCUUCUGAUUUCAGACACCGUAGUCGGGCUGCAGCAGUCUGUCUCAGGGCCCUUGACCUCCAUGGAGGAAGUGUUCGGUGGACAUAAGCCGGCACUCGUGCCCACACGCUCCUGCAGGCGUCUGUCAGAGCGAGUCAUGUCUCUCCUCUCCAACCUGACACUGGGAAGAGGUCUGAUCCCCAUUGCAGAUGGAUUUUACAGGGCAAAUGGAAGUGAAAGCAUAGUGGCAGCGCUCACCCCAGCACCUCCCUCUGUAGCCCCCACUCUCAGUCCAUCUGCCAACAGCAUUCCUGCAGCCUUCUCCCCUGGCUGGGCAGCAAACACACUCAUGGUGAAUGAAGACUACAGGUGGCUGUCAUACGUGCUGCUGCUUUUACUGGAUCUGGUGGUGUGUUUCUUUAUUCUUCUGGGUUUAGCCAAACAGGCCCGCUGGCUACUUAUUCUGAUGACAGUGCUGGCCUGGUUGGCUCUGUUUCUGAGUUGGGGUUCUCUCGGCCUGGAGACGGCCACAGUGGUGGCCCUAAGUGAUUUUUGCUUUGACCCAAACACUUUUGUGCUUAACUCCACUCACUUCAACUCUAGGACAAGUACAGAAAUCCUGGAUUAUUACCUAACCUGCAGCAGGAAAAUGAGCAGCCCUUUUCAACAGUGGCUGUACUCGUUUCUCUCGGCUUUGGCGUUCACAGCUAUUCUUUGCUCCCUCCCUGGAGCCUGGAGGAGUUUCCACAGCGAUUCAGAGGAAUACGAGGACUCCGACAGCGAAAGCGAGGACCCCUUCACUUCUCAUCAGGCACGUAGACCAACGGCCACGGGCUCCCAGCGAGGGGCCUUGCCCCCCUUCUAUAGUUACCAGGGGGCCGGCUGGACUCCCCCCUUUUCUAGCGCACCUCCGUUACCGACUCCAAACGUUUCCUCCAAUGGCAACCCUGGUUAUGAGAACCUGUGUUUGAGUGACAGGCAGUCCCCACCCCCCUCUUACUCUCCCAGCAUGCUGACUGGCUACGGCGGCAGUCAAUCACACUCCAACCCGUCCCAUUCAAGAAACCUGUACUCGCACUAAUUAUUUUUCUGUACAGUAGAAAAGAAAGAUAUAGAGCAAGGUUUAGUUUUCAUAUGGAUGGGACACUUUAUGAGACGAGAGACUAAUUUAAAACUCUAGAUGUUAAAUAUCUGUGUGUAACGUUAGUACCAUUGAGUCAUUUGGGUGUAACAGACAGAAAAAGCGUGUGCGUCAUAUAUAGUCGUCCGAUCCUAUCACUUCCUCUCCCUCUAGUGUCAUGCUGUACAUAGCUGGUGGAAACAAGAUGGUAUUGACGUUACAGUAGUGGUCUAUAUUUAAAUGUAUAACCACUUUAUUUUGGAGGUUUUAUAUUGUUACAUGUAGUCACAGAUACGUAGUGGCGAUGGCACAAUUUCUUUGUAUGAUUAUGCAGUUUUUUCUUCACCUUUCUUUCUUUUUUUUUAAUAUUUGACAGGACCCUAUUUUAUAAGUGGCAAUUCUGUAUUACCUUGUAUGCCCUCUGAUAUAAUAUGAUUAUUUAUUUAUAUAAUAUAAAUAUAUGAAUAUAUAUAUUCACUGUAUAAACGUUUGAUUGUUAAUGCAUUUUGAUGAUCAAAGAAAAAAAAAUCUGUAAAACAUUGUUGAGGGGCUAGUGUCCGUUUCCUCUGCUGGCUCUGAGCAAUACAACUGCGUUUUGCCAUUUGCAAUGCAAUGGCCACAAUGUAAGCAGCAAUAAUCAUCGGGACAUCUUGCAAAAACCGUCUGUGUGUGUCAGAGGUUCUCAUGACAUGUUCAGUAUAUACCGUCUAUAUAUAUAU